AUGAAGCUCUUAUUGAUUGCAGCAUUAAGUGCGGCAGGCCUCUUCGCAACAACUUCCGCCUUGGCACCACCGCAAAAGGUUGCCGUGUUCGGAGGUACUGGUUACGUUGGGUCCCAAGUUUGCGAACGUCUCGUCAAGAAGGGAUACGCAGUGACUGGGGUUUCACGUCGGGGUACCAACCCUCGUCCCAACAAUGAGGCAUUGGAACAAGUCUGCUGGGUUUCAGGAGAUGCUACCAACCCUGCUGACGUGCAAAAGAUUGUCAAUGAUGCUGAUGCCAUCGUUCAUGCCGUCGGACUCUUGUUUGAUGUUGAAUCUGGAUUGCAAGGAUUCAACACCAUUGUCUCUGGAUCCAAGUCUCUGCCUGAUCCUGAAAAGUCUACCUACGACAACAUUACUCGCAAGACAAUGUUCAAUGUUUUGGAUGCUAUCGAAAAGAAGGCCCGAAAUCCCAUCAACAUGUUGAAAAACCAAAAGACUCCCUUGGCAUUUGUGUCUUGUGCUGAAGCUGGUUGGCCUGAUGUUCAGUUUGGUGACUUUGUUGAAGAGAAAUUGGCUCCUGAAUGGUUGCAAAAGUACUUGAUUGCCAAGCGUGCCGUCGAAAAACGCUUGACCAGUUCCUCGGCUGUUCGACCGGUGAUUGUUCGUCCAUCCUUGAUCUGGUCCUGGGACAAGUUGGACGUCUUGCCCAUUAUCCCAGUCUUCAAUGCUGCUAAUGCAUUGGGCGUUCCAUUUGUUGAUAAGACUGUCCGUGUCGAGACUUUGGCCGAUGCCAUUGUUGCCGGCAUUGAAGAUGAAGGAAUUGUUGGUGUCCAGAGAUUUUCUGAGAUGGAAGAGCUGGCCCAGCGAUAA